UACUACUUGAUCAUUUAUGUUGACACUUGACAAGCGGUUGAUUUCCACGUGUUUUUGACAAUAUUUAAAAUAAAGUUUUAAUAGUAUUUAAAAUACCGAUAAUGGCUAAAUUAAAACUAAAGAAAACUAAAAAAGCAGAUCAACAACCCACCACCAAUACCACAAAAGACGAAAAUAUGGUUGUCCUUCCACCAGUACGAAUGUCCGAUGAUCCGUUGCCUAAACAGGUGAAAUGGAUUAAUAGGCAACGAGUUCUAGUGUUUGCUGCUCGUGGUAUCAACCAUCGUCACCGUCAUCUUAUGGAAGAUAUAAAAAGAUUAAUGCCUCAUCAUAAAACUGAAUCCAAAAUGGAAAGAAGCAAGAAUCUUUACGUUGUCAAUGAAAUAAGUGAAAUGAAAAACUGCAACAAAUGCCUCUUGUUUGAAGGAAGGAAAAUGAGAGAUCUAUAUCUAUGGAUGUCUAAUGUUCCUAAUGGGCCAAGUGCAAAGUUUUUAAUAGAGAACAUUUACACAAUGGGAGAGCUGAAGAUGACUGGCAAUUGUUUGAAAGGGUCUAGACCUCUUUUGUCCUUUGACCCACAAUUCACAAAGGACCCCCAUUAUAGUUUAUUGAAGGAGCUGCUCAUUCAGACAUUUGGUGUGCCCAGAUAUCAUCCAAAGAGCCAGCCAUUCUUUGAUCAUGUGUACACAUUUAUGAUUCUUGACAACAGAAUUUGGUUUAGAAAUUAUCAAAUUCUCUCUGAAGAUGGAGCUUUGGCAGAAAUUGGACCAAGAUUUGUUUUGAACCCAGUAAAAAUAUUUUCCGGUUCAUUUGGUGGGACAACAUUAUGGGAGAAUCCUAAAUAUGUCAGCCCCGCAAAACUUAGACAAGCAAUGUCAAAGAAGGCAGGUAACAAAUAUGAGAGGAGAAUUGAAAAGAAGGCAAUGCAUGAAGCAACUAAACCAGAGACUGGAUAUCCUGAUAUAGAGGGUGCUGAUUUCUUCAAAGUUGAUCCUGUGGAGCAGGCUCAAGAGGUGGUGGUUAAAGAGGAAGUAAACAAUGAUGAAGAUGAAUAUGCAAGUGAUGAAGAAGAGGGUAAUGCAAGUGAUGAUGAAGAGGGUAAUGCAAAUGAUGAUGAAAUUCCUGACACUAAGAGCAAACCCAAAUUUAGUAUGAAAAUAAACAAAACCAAGCCAGAGAAAACAAUAAGGAGAAAACAGCUAAAAGCAAAGAGCAAGGCUAUAUCUGAUCAAAUCAAGAAGAGAAAAAAUAAACAUUUUAAGAAAAAAUCUGUAAAAGUAUGAAACUUUU